GCUCAGACAGCAAGACGAAGAACAAUCAGUAGUUCUUCUUCUUAUCGCUUUAUGUGAGAUAUCAAAACAGCACGCCACGACAAUUCAUUCAUCAAGACAGGAGCAGCUCGAAGCCAGCUUUCAACGAAGAGAAAAUUUAGGUUGUAUGAAAUCUUCGAUGACCCUCACCUCUCUGGACUCCCGUGUAAAUGUAGAAGUAGUUGCUGUCUGCUCCGAUAGCGAAAAAACUUGAGUUUCGUCCUGUAGCAGAAAGACUAACGUAACGUACUAACAGACUAGUUGCCAAUUCGAUGUCCUCCUGUACUUCGACGCAGCGAGUGGCUGCUUACAAUUUUCCUAGUGUCGACCUGCUCGGUGCUUGCUCUACUGACACGUCGCGGCGCGACAAGAUGAAGUUGCACCUCUCUUGCGAAGAGGGCGGGAAGUUCCUUCUGAAAACACCAGCGCACCACCGCAAGAAAGGACGGCCUGUUUUCGAAGUUCACCACGUAGCUGUACUGCAUUAUCUUGCUUUAUUCGUCUUCGUCAUCAUGGUACUUUUCAGUUUCACCGGGCCCAGCUCACCAGGUCCUUGUGGAGGACCGCAUUUUCAUGGAGUUCUUGUUGACAACUUAUUUGCCGCUGAAGCGCUGCGAGUUUCCGCCUCGCGACCUGAAAAGGGGCAGCGUAAGUGGACAAUAAAAAGUGCGCCAGCAUCAAGAAGUUCUCCGGCGGUGAGGUCUCCCGUUUUGACAAGCAGGACUUUUACCAAAAAUAGGUCGGGCGGCUCUGGAGGUCGUGGCAAAGGUGGCACAAGAAGAAGUGCUGGAGGGUGGAAUUAUAGAGACAUGCCGCCCGACGCCUCUUUCGCCCAGACAGAACAACGAGUCGGCCAUGGAAAGGGAGUGCCGCCGAUACCUUGCCAAGGCGAGUACGAGUUGCAAAAAUUUAUUAUGCCUGCUGGGCUCAUCUCCGAUAUUCAUAUUUGUAUUUCGCGAGUUGAAUCAAUGCAAGUUCAAGUUGCUAGGUGUGGUCUUUAUAAAAGAUAGAGCUUAUUUGAAAUUGUUGGACAUGAUUGGACACACCUGCCACACUGAGCGGCCAAAGCUCCCACUCUAGAGGUCCUAGAAGGAGCCUGCAGCGAUUAAACCCCUCAGCAGACAGGGCGAAAGCAUCUGGCUGCGUUGCAUCUUCCUGCAAGCCCAUUGCGUUCGCGUUCGUCAGCGUUUCACGAACUGGCUAGCUACGUGCUACGCCAUGGCGAGCGCUAUAGCUAGGCGGGGCCCCUCUCCCUUUCAUGGGUGGGCCCAUGGGUGCGUAAGGUGCUAUACAGGUGUGGGGGGGGCCAGGGCCCUCACUGAUUCCCCUUGGGAGGAUUCUGAUCACAUGAACAACAGAGACAAAGCCAGCGGCGCCCGUUGAAGCGAGGCGGCCCCGCCCGCGGUGUAGUAUCAUUGCCGCGCCGCGCCGGGUUUUUCUUUGACAAAAGCAAGGCCGAAAUUUGUAGUCCACCUCAAAGGUAUAAUCCUCGGUAGCGCCGCUAGCGGAAAAGCUUUUUUGAAGAUCAGGCCUCCAACCUGUAAAGCGUGGUCGGGUGGAUUCGUGACAAGGCCGCUUUUUUAUCGUGAAUGUGAUAGUGAUUCUGAUCUCGUUAUUAAAGACGUUUUGUCGCGACAAGAGCAUCAGACGCAUGACCCAGGAGACAUAUAAAAAUUUGCACUCUUCUUGAUAGAGGUUGGGCCCCGCCAGACGAUGACGUCAAGGACCAGUGCGAGCACGAAUAUUUGCACGGGAGGGCCGUGGGGCAGGUCUUUGUCGUCACGCAAUAUCCAGCUGCUGGUGGCGCCCCGUGCGUGGCUGGGCAUAUGGCCUCGAGAUGGAUCACAUGCCCGCGGGAUUGCGUUGGGAGCUGGAACUACGCAACUGAGCAGGCCCUGAUCGACUCGUGUAACGGCCAGGGCGGGGAAAAGUCGCGCAAAUUCACGAUUACAAUCCCCGUACAGCACGGAACGUGGCAGAACGGGAGAGAGUGCAACUUCAGAGACGGAGCCACACGCACCAUCACGUGUCCCCAGGACUGCGUAGGACAAUGGGAAGAGAAGCCUGCGACAGCGUGCAACCGUGAAACAGGCGACUCCGUGAUAACACACGAGUACAUGUCCGAGCCCGCAGUUGCGGGAGUGAAGGAGGACGGCACCACACGCAUUCGGGGCCAACCGUGCAGAGACGAGCAGACCGAAGAGUUGGUGGCUGCCGGAGCCACAAAAGUCAAGGAGUGUCCGCGCGACUGCCGCGGCGAUUUUGUCCCCCUCGAGCAGGACGGGUGUGCCGGCUUUCCCGUGAAAGCGGGGCAGCGUGUCGCCUCGCAUGAAUACCGCAUCACCCAGACUGCGCUGCGGGGCGGCACGGAUUGCGGAAACGAUGCUGGCGACGAGCAGACCAAAACGUGCCCCGUCGACUGCGUGCAAACCUGGGUUACGGAGUCGAACGCACGGUGCGCGACGAACGACGGCCAGGAUGUCGUGACUGCGAGGUUUGUGGUGCAAACCCACCCAGAAACGGGCUCGGACAAUGCGCCAGGUGCAGCCUGCUGGGAAACAAUCCCACCGCGAACCGAAAAGUGCCCCACGAAUUGUAUUGGGGAGUGGCGGAGAACUUCUGAAGCGUGUGAAGAUCCCGGGGCAAUAAAUUGGGUCGAGCAAAUCGUGAGCCACCGCUACGCCAUCACCAGACUGGCCGAACCCGGCUAUCCCAACAACAACACGCCCGGCGAAAAGUGUAAAGACCCGGAUUGCGCAAAUCCCAUUGAUUGUCAAGAAAACGAAGAAAAGAAGGAACCGUGUCCGCGUGACUGCCGCGGCGCUUGGGACUAUGCGACCGACGCUUUGCUGAAAGAGCAGUGUACCGGCCGAGGAGAGGAACUCACGCGGACGUUUACCAUCCAAUCGCCGAAGCUGCUCACCGGCCAGGAGUGCGCUGACAAGGGAAAAACGGCCACGAUCGUCUGUCCGAAUGGCGACUCGUCCACAGAGGAACCGGGCGCACCGCAGAAUGAAGAUGAGAGAACGCUUGGCGGCGCCGCCCUCGGCUCAUCCGUCACAAGUGUACGCAAAAUCCCCAAUCCAAGGGAACUGGACCUCGACGUUAAUAAAGUCGAGCCGUCCAUGCUGUGCUGCUAAGAAUGAACAAUAGCAGCUGCUGGUACUAGACUACGUACUUUCACGACACGUGAAAUUGAAUAUUACGUCGCGCCGCGAGGAGGCUGCGCAACUUCUACCCCUUCUUGAUGUUGCAAUAAAAUGUUUAUGUUGCUUAGUUGUCCUAGUGUCGAAUUGUAUCUACUUAAUCGCCCUAAAUAGAGGUCAAAAGAGAACUUCUACGAGUCAGAAAUCAUUUGACCAGCACGCUACGGAAUGGGGAAUGAUGAUCCCGAGCUUCGCUACGACAAUUCAGCUUCUUCUCCGUGUGUGCAAGUACUAGAACUCCAACUACUACCCCCCCAGCAGGUGCUUUUUGUUUUAGAUGUUGCUGAAUACGACAACAAGAAUUCUUAUUCUUCUUUACCAUUCCUCUACUUCGAGGCAAUUAUAUCCACCCUUUCUGGAGGACUACUUUUACAAACAAAAAC